GUUUUUUUUCCCUUUUUUUCUUCAUCACAUCGUGUUGAUUCGUGCGCCGAAACCCGGCACGGUGCCCUCGCGGGGACGAUCCUCGCACCUCGUGCGCGAGACGCUCAGCAGCUCCAUGUCCGUGUUGCUGGCCAUCACCUGGGCCUCUAGCAUCCUCACAAGCUUCGGGAGACUUGCCAGUCUUGCUAGCCUGGAGGAGGACUCUGAUUCCCUGAGACUGGUGCAGGUGAGGUCAAAUGCUACCAGCCGAUGCAGUGCCUAUCCCCAUCAUGGCCAAAUGGACUGCGACGGUGCACCGAUGUGCGGGGUCUUAGCCCUGCAGAUGGGCACAGGAGGAGGCGCCUACAGCACUCCAACUCCCAAGGUGCAUGGGCUCUGGCCACAGGUGCCUCCCUAUGGCAACUCUGGUUGUGUGGCGCCAACCAAAAGCACAAGGGAUCCAACCACGCUGGUUUCGUGUUACCAGCCGACAGGAUCACAGACCGCCAGCCAUCAGCAAUGGUUUGAGGAACACGAGUGGGAGAAACACGGCAUGUGCUCCGGGGCGACUGACGCAGCUGACUACUUCAGUCAGAUUUGCGCCUUGUCCUCCAAGCCUUUACGCAUCAUGGACGGCAUUCGAGCAGCGGGUGGCUCCGUCACAGAUGCCGCGGAUCAGUUGCAGCGCUUGGGGAUUUGUGUCCACUCCAUGGGCACACACGACCAGAUCGAGCUCUCAGCCUGUGCCGGCUCGGACGGCCGUUGGAAGUUGGCCGACGUCGACGCCUUCUCGCGCGUGUGCGGCGGCGCGGCGCCUGCGCCACCUGCGCCGCCGUCGCCACCGUCGCCACCACCGACACCGAGCGGGCGCUGCGUGCCGAACAAGCAUGGACCACCAUGCCAAGAGGACAGCGAUUGCCGGGGAUUCACGAAUUGCCUGCGCUGCGCCCGCUCGGGCUUUUGCACAGAUCAACCUGUACCUGAGGCACCUGAAGCGGACAUCCCAAGGGUCUCAACUCGUUCGUUUUUGCGAUCUCUAUCAAGCAUGCGUCGAAGUGCUCCCCAUGUGGAAUCCCAGAAGCCCCUCAGAAGCCCCUCUUGCAUGUGGAAGCCCCUCAGAAGUGGUGCGUUUAUGGUGCCUGCAUGACUCUGCCUUUUUUUGUUUUUCCUGGCAAGAGUUCAUGCCCACACACUCCUUGUGGGUGGAAAGAUCUUGAUCCUUCUUUUGCUCACAGGCAUGGUGAGCUUAGGGGGCCUUUGCAUGUUGCAAGACUCUGAGCUUGGGGGGCAAGCUGCUCGUCGCAAGAGACGCCGUGCAAGAAAGAGCAGCAAAACAAAGCGUGGGCGCCUGUUUCUGGUCUACAGAGGAAUCGUCCCUCACUGUGCACAAGGAGAGAUCUCUCUGAACUUUUCUACAGUGAGUUCAGAGCACUAGCCAAAAGAGUUCACCUUGUUUGGUGCCAAUGCCAUCGACAGGUGGAGAUAUCCUCAAGCGAAAGAUGGCAGGAUGUGUUUUUGUUUGUCAAAGCUUUGCACCCGACCGGUUUCCUUUGCGACGGCCGAGAAUCGCUAGGAUGUGUUCAGAAAGAAGCAAGAUGUCACCAGAAAAUGGGUGUAGCAUGUGUCACCAGUUCUCGGUGGGAGAAAUGAUGGGAAUUUGCA